UCUUCAUGACUGGUCAGGAAGAUAUCGAAAUAACUUGUCAAGUUAUUGCGGAACGCUUAAUGCAACUAGACAACCCCCCCGAAUUGGCAAUUCUUCCAAUAUAUUCUCAACUACCGGCUGACCUGCAAGCUAAAAUUUUUGAAAAAGCUCCUGAUAAUGCACGAAAAGUGAUUGUUGCGACAAACAUCGCAGAAACUUCAUUAACCGUUGAUGGUAUAAUGUACGUUGUUGAUACAGGAUACAACAAGCUAAAAGUUUUUAACCCGAAAAUUGGUAUGGACUCCUUGCAAAUAACGCCUAUCAGCCAAGCUAACGCAAACCAAAGAUCGGGACGCGCCGGGCGUACAGGUGCAGGAGCAUGCUAUCGUUUAUACACUGAACAAGCUUAUCAUCACGAAAUGUUUAUGAAUACGAUACCUGAAAUCCAGCGGACAAAUCUUGCAAUGGUUGUGCUCUUGUUAAAGUCUUUAGGAGUAAAAAAUUUAUUAGAUUUUGAUUUCAUGGACCCUCCACCGCAAGAUAACAUCUUAAAUUCGAUGUAUCAAUUAUGGAUUUUGGGUGCACUAGAUAAUACUGGAGAAAUAACACCACUUGGUCGUAGAAUG